GUGGAUUUGUAAACACAAUUAAAAAACAGGUUUAUAGGCAACGAUACUUGUGUUGUCUCAGUCAGUAUAAAAGAUACCUACCUAUUGUGACUUUUAACAGUUUGAAUCUUCCAAAAUGCUUAAAUUUGUUGUGGCACUAGUUUUAUCGGCAUAUUUAGUUAAUGCUGGACCUUCUUUGACACAGACAGAUGCUACUGUUAAGGAGAUACUAGCAAAAUGCAGUACAGAAACUAAUUUGCCAUACCCCCAAUUCUUAACCAACCUUAAAAAUGGACAACACGAUUCGAGUACAAAAAUAUUCAUUCACUGCUUCUAUAAAAGUCUCAAUAUAAUCGAUGACAAUAACACUAUAAAUAUGGAUAUAGCUUCAAAGUUUAUACGUCGGGAAUAUGGUGAGAGAGCUGAAUUUAUUAUUGAGAAUUGUCUAAAAACCAAGCAGAAUGCUAUUGAGACUUCUAUCGCUGUGAGGCUCUGUAUUGGAGAUGCUGUAAAUGUAUAUAGAUCGUAAAUAAUAUUGUAAUAUAUAACAUUCAUUUUUUCACUGCAA